AUGGCCACCGCCGGUUCCCAACUGCGCGAUAGUGGUUGUUCCACGACAUCCACCGUUACCACUCCAGGUACACCUCACUCGAGUUACCCCCGUCGCCGGAGCCCAGUAGAAUCUGACAGGAUUCGUGGCUCCCGAGACCUCCAUUCGUGUAACGAGGAACCUUCUCGCCGGAAUUCUGCCUUUCUCGAAGUUGGCCUUGGUGGUGAAGAUGCCAUUGUCGACUCGAAAUUAAGAAGAGACCCCCGACCAAAGCUCCAAGUGCGCUUUCGAUCCGACGUCGACGUCGCCGAACCUGAAGUAGUUGACUGGCCCGAACCAUCCCCAGUUGGCAGCAGACCUUCCCAUCCGCAAAUGUCUCCAUACUUUCCCACGCUGCCCAGAUUACUCUUUCUAGCCCUGGUUAUCUUGCUUGUGGUCCCAAGUCUGCACCAUUCUCCGCUGUUGAUUGCCGGGGCAAAUCCCCUCGGUCGUAAAGCUGGAUCGUCAUCGGCGAGGGCACCAUGGCUGGGGGACAAAAGGGAUGCACUUCCAGGAAACAUCAAAAGGCAGAACAGUGCAACAGACGUUUGCAAGAGGUGGUCAGGGCAGAGCGCCCUCGUCAACGGGACACUGUACUAUUAUGGAGGAAGAGCAACCACCAGUGCUGACCAGACCUCGGACGAAUGGAAUAACGAUCUCGUUACCCUCGACCUGACAAAGUCCUGGCAGAUUUCGUCACCGUCACUCACCGGCCUGCCAAUCCCUAGCGGACCUCCUGCAGUAUCGCUUGGCUACUUGUGGAAUUCCUACGAUGCUUUGUAUCUGUAUGGCGGCGAGUUUUCAGACACGCCGGUCGCAUCUCCCGUUCCCUUCUCCCUGUGGACAUAUGACAUCUCUUCGUCGACGUGGUCUGAGUCGUCAAAUCCGCAAACCAGCUCCGGACAGAACUCGGAGCCAGCAGGGCAACCGGUUCAACGUGCCGCCGAGGGCGCUGGGAUAUCGGUGCCGAAUAUAGGUCGAGGCUUCUAUUUCGGAGGACAUCUAGACUUUUUGACCACAGCAGGGUGGUCAGAGUCGAUUGCGCGUGUCUAUCUUAAGGGCAUGCUUGAAUACACCUACCCUGGCUACAGUAACGCCGCGGUGAAUGGUGGACAAAAGGCGGGAUCGUCAGGGAUCUAUCGCAAUAUCACCCAAGGUGGUGAUCAAGACUCGGCCGGCUUCCCAGAACGGGCCGAUGGCCUUCUUGUUUACAUCCCCGGAUACGGAAAAUCAGGAAUCAUCCUGGGCCUUGCAGGGGGUACGAAUGCGACGUUCACUCAGAUGAACGUGAUAGACGUGUACGACAUCGACUCCUCUACCUGGUACAAACAAGCGACGUCAGGCCCGACACCCGAAAUUCGAGUCAACCCGUGCGCCGUUGCGCUGUCUGCCGCCGAUGGAAGCUCCGUUCAGGUCUAUAUGUACGGAGGUCAAAACCUGCUGCCCUACGGCCAACAAACACAAUACGACGACAUAUGGAUCUUGACCAUACCGUCUUUCACAUGGAUUCAAGUCGACACCACCAACCAAGCGAAUCCUCCUGGAAGAGCCGGACACAUGUGCAAUGUUUGGAAUGGUCAAAUGGUGGUUGUCGGAGGGUAUGUUGGCCAGGACCUAUCGUGCGACAGCCCGGGAAUCUAUGUCUUCAACACCAGCUCCCUUCAAUGGCAAAGCGGAUAUGUUGCGUUGCAGACAGAUGAUAACCUCAACCGGCAAAAAAGCCAACAAGGUGAUCCUUCAGCGUUGCAAGGGUCAUUUGGGUACGCAGUCCCAAAAGCAGUCCAGUCUGUCAUCGGGGGUAACAGUGUGGGAGCUGCCACUGUCUCUGCCCCGGCUGAGUCGGCCACUCAAGGGCCGCUGGCAACAGGGACACCACAUACAUACACGGUCACCCAAUCUGGUGGAUCUGUAGCCACUGAGACUGCUGCUCCCACUGGAACGAGUGGCACGAGCGGCACGAGCGGCAAUACUGGCGGCGGCAGCAGUGACAAUGGAGGCUCUUCAAGUGGAACCAACAUCGGCGCCAUUGUUGCCGGAGUUAUCGCUGGAAUCCUUGCCGUCGUGGCUGCCUAUCUCGCCUUCUGCGUCUGGCUCUAUCGCAAACAGCUUAAGAUCUACAAGAACCACAUGGCCAUGGCGCAGAGGCAGGAUCUCGCUGGCGAUCCUAGAUUCAUUGGCGCAGGGUUCGCAGGCGGUGGGAGAUACACGGACAAAAGCCAAUCGAGCGACAGCCGCCACAGCGCGGACAAUCGCAGUGGGAGCAGCGGAGGGCGUGCCAACCAGCUAUCGAGCAACAACCCUUAUCGGAACGUACCUGGAGGCGCUGGGUCGGCAACGGCAGCGAGCAGUACGGAGGAUCUCAUGGCAGGUCAAGAGCCCAGUUUCUUGGGAGUGGUUCUGAACCCUAGACGAAGUUUGAGGGUGGUGAACAGAGACUAA